AUGAUGCGACUGCUGGGGUUGUGGGGCGCGCCGGUGGCGCGCGGCUGGUUCUGCUUGGCCAUGGUGGGAUUCGUGGCGGUCACCAGCGCGGGCAAGCUGUGCCUGGACACCCCCGAGGAGCUGACCGCGCUCGCCGACUACACCUACACUGUGCUUCGGCUGUCUGCCAUUAUAGUGAAGACAUUCGUGGUGGCACUGGUUUGUUUGUGGGUCAGCGCCCCGCUGCUGCACCACAAAACGACUGAUGACUUUCCUGACUCAGAGGAGGGCGACCGCCGGCCGCCGAUGCCCAUCUGGCUACCCGAGCAGUCGCCGGCCUUCGAGAUAGUGUUCGUGGUGCAGGCGCUGUGCGGCACCAUGUCGCAGCAGCUCUCCCUGCUGCUGGACACCUCCUUCUACAAGCUGACGCUGCUGGUGACGGCCGAGUUGCAGGUUCUCAACGACAACCUUGCAGUGCUCGGGAGAACGGGCGCGUCUACCGAGAGAAAGGCGAGCUUUCCUACUGACGUGCCUGGACAGAAAAGAGAAGAAGCAGCUAUUCAAUCAAUUAAACAAGCUGCUGCUCCACUCACUGAGCAUGACAAUAGUCCAGGAAAGCUGCUAUACAUGCAAUUCGUCGUAAACGUACGUCAUCAUCAGGCCAUUAUAAAGUAA